GACAGCUAGCCAAGAAGCAGAGACUGGAGGGGGGAGUGAUUGAACCGGCGGAAGAGAGAACAGGAUGGCACUAUCCAGCUUCCAACCACAUAGCCCCAGGCCAAGGAGAGGCACAGGUAGGAAGAGGUUAAGAAAUCCUGAGCUCCGGAGACGGAAGCUAUCCGUGUGCUGGUAAUGGUUCAGAUUGGAGAGUCCCCGAGAGAAUCCUUGACUGUCCCUGCGCUGGCUCGACCAGUUACCCCCAAAGUUGCUGUUAGCUGGACACGGGGAGCACCCUUCUCACAAAUGCUUCCCUCGGCCCCAGAUUUUUCUGCAGUGCCUGGCAUGAACUCUGGUCUGGGGAUUCUGACGUCUGCUUCAGUCUAUAUGUGAUGAAGCCAAACUAUGGCUGGAGAUUCUAGGAAUUCCAUGAACCAAGACAUGGAGAUUGGAACUACCCCUAGAGACCCCAGGAAGAUUCCCAAACAGGCCCGUGAUUAUGUCCCCAUCACCACUGAUCGGACCCGUCUCCUGACUGAAACCAAGAAGCCCCGGCAGCGAUACAUGGAGAAGAGUGGCAAGUGUAAUGUGCAUCAUGGAAAUGUCCAGGAAACCUAUCGCUACUUGAGUGACCUCUUCACAACGCUGGUGGAUUUGAAGUGGCGCUUCAAUCUCCUAGUCUUCACCAUGGUCUACACCAUUACUUGGUUGUUCUUUGGCUUCAUUUGGUGGCUCAUUGCAUACAUUCGGGGAGAUCUGGACCACGUUGGAGACAAAAACUGGGUUCCUUGUGUUGAGAAUCUCAGUGGCUUUGUCUCUGCCUUUCUGUUCUCCAUUGAGACAGAGACCACCAUUGGAUAUGGCUUCCGGGUCAUCACAGAGAAGUGUCCAGAGGGAAUCAUCCUCCUAUUGGUCCAAGCCAUCCUGGGUUCCAUAGUCAAUGCCUUCAUGGUGGGCUGCAUGUUUGUCAAGAUCAGUCAACCCAAGAAGAGGGCAGAGACUCUCAUGUUUUCUAACAAUGCAGUCAUUUCUAUGAGGGAUGAUAAGCUUUGUCUCAUGUUCCGGGUGGGGGACCUCCGAAACUCUCACAUUGUAGAGGCCUCCAUACGAGCCAAGCUCAUCAAGUCCAGGCAGACCAAAGAAGGGGAGUUCAUUCCCCUAAAUCAAACAGACAUUAAUGUAGGCUUUGACACUGGGGAUGACCGCCUUUUCCUGGUAUCCCCUCUCAUCAUCUCCCAUGAAAUCAAUGAGAAGAGUCCUUUCUGGGAGAUGUCCAGGGCACAGCUGAAUCAGGAGGAGUUUGAGGUGGUGGUCAUCUUAGAAGGCAUGGUAGAGGCUACAGGGAUGACUUGCCAGGCCCGCAGCUCUUACAUGGACACUGAGGUUCUCUGGGGUCACCGCUUCACGCCGGUUCUCACCCUAGAGAAGGGCUUCUACGAGGUAGACUACAACACCUUCCAUGACACCUACGAGACCAACACCCCCACCUGCUGUGCCAAGGAACUGGCAGAGGCCCAGCGAGAAGGGAGGCUCCUUCAGUACCUCUCCAGCCCCACUCUGUUAGGGGGAUUGGGCCAAAAGGCAGAGGAAGGAGAGGAAGAAGCUGAGGCGGGUAGAGCCAGAGAGACUAGUAGCUCUGUGUGACUGCCAUGCCCCGGGGGAAUGGAACACCACCUUCCAGUGGCUUUUCUCCAGCUGGAGACCCUUAUGACUCCAUAAGGCAAAUUAACUAAGAUGUGUUAUUUAGGUGUCUGGAAACAUGAGCGGCUUGGAGAAGAUAGUUAUUCUAGACAGCCCUCCCCUUUCCCAACGAGAUGCCAUCCUGUGCACCAUGACACAUAGAGACCUUGCUAAGCUACCUGCUCUUACACCUGUAAGGGUUAUAGUUCUGUCCCUCCCAUCUCUUCCCAACUGAAUGAUGUCUAGGGGUCCAAGGUGAAAGUGGGACUUUCUGUCUUAUAAUUGUGAUGUCUUUGUUUUUUACUGCUUAGCCCCUAAUUUCUCUUCCCACUGACCCUGGUGCUUUCCCUGAGCUAGAUUUCUAGGCUGCUCACAGCAAACAUUGCUGAAGGGCUGGGACGGAAGAGGAGAUGGAAGGGGCAAGAGGCACUUCUGCCCUUGGGUCCAUUAGGCCAUGAAGUAGAUUCUCAAAAGAGGCAUCCCCUCCCUUCAGAGAAGGAAGCACUCUUUAUUUGAGAGCUUUUGCCAGUUGGUAGGGCUGGCAUUGAAGAAAGAAUACUGUUUGAGAUCUUUGUUAUUAGUGUGUUGAGUUGGGUUUGUUUUUAAAAUGUAGUCUAUUCACUCUCUUAGAAGUUCCUAGUAAAACCUGGACCUAUGUCUUAGUAAAACCAGACCAGGGAUGUCAGAUUAAAUUUGGUUUUUAUUAGCAAUUUAUAAAA